GUGUAAACAGUGUGAAUAGAGUGUAAAUAUGAGUUUAGCUCAGGGCAGAGAGCAGCGCUGCACUGCAGGAAACCGCAUGGGGAAAUUACUGGACGCGGAGGAAGAAGAUGAUUUCUAUAAAACUACAUACGGAGGAUUUAACGACGAGUCUGGUGAUGAUGAGUACAGGGGGGAUCACUCUGAUACUGAGGACGAGGUGGACAGUGAUUUUGAUAUUGAUGAGGGAGACGAGCCGGACAGUAACGAGGAGGACGACGCCCCCCGCAGGAAGAGCCGGGUGGUUACCAAGGCUUAUAAAGAGCCUGUAAAAGCAGUGAAGCCGAAGGUGAAGCGUCCGUCUGAAGAACCCAAGAGAACCGAGAGACUGAAGCCGGAGAAACGUUCUCACCAGGACCUGCAGGAGUACGGAGAACUUCGUAAGUCUGUGAGGAAGUCCACUAGUGAACACACGAGGAAAACGUUCGAGCGUCUGCAGGAGCGCCAGCAGGAGGCGCCGCGCCGCAGGAAAGCCAACACUGAACCAGUGCUGAGCCAGGAAGAACUGCUGAAAGAGGCUCAGAUCACAGCCCAGAGUAACCUGCAGUCUUUAGAGAACUACGAGCGUCUGGAGGCGGAUAAGAAGAAGCAGGUUCAUAAGAAGAGACGUUUUGAGGGACCGACGGUUCGCUAUCACUCUGUACUGAUGCCCCUCGCUACAGACGCCCUGCUGAAGGAGGAGAACGUGGACGUGGAGGGGCUGGAUCAGGACACGCCCCAGUCCAGCUCGUCCUCCGGGGCGGUGGGGACGAGGUCCCUGUGCUCCCGAACCUUCAUCACCUUCAGCGAUGACGAGGCCUUCAGGACCGCCUUCCCCCAGGUGUCCUCCCCUGACCCCGCCCUCCCCGUGCAGGAGGUGUGUCCUGUUACCCACAAGCCCGCGUUGUACCGCGACCCGGUGACCGACAUCCCGUACUCCGACUCCCGUGCCUUCCGCAUCAUCCGAGAGGCGUACCGGAAAUACAUCUCCGCCCACGGUUUCCCCGGCAACAGCGACUCCGCCCAAUCAGCAGGGGGCAGCAGUGCACCCGCCAAGACUCUCAAACCCAAAACACUGAUUAAACAGGGGCUGGUUACAGCGUAACACACACACUAUACACACACUAUAUACACACACACACACUGUACACACACACUAUACACUAUAUACACAAAUAACACACACACACACACUGUCCAGCAGGGGGCAGCACUCUGGAAGCAGCAGGACUGAUAAAUUAAGGGCUAAUAAAAUAUAAACUGUGA